AUCUGUGAGUGAGACUUUAGUCGUAACUUUUCUCUGCCUACUGAAGAGAAACCACAACACAGAGUACUCUCUCACUCACUUACAGUCCCUAGAGAGAAGAGAAGGAAAAAAACUGGUUCUGGUUCAGAUCUAAAGAGCCAGAAAUCUUACAAAACCCUAAUCAAAACAAAAGGUGGAACUGUAGAUUGCUAGAGGUUCUGAUGGCGGUAUCGGAUGCUGAGAACGCAUUUCGCUCAGACACCACUUGUGGGACUUUGUUGCAACAAUUACAGCAAAUAUGGGAUGAGGUUGGUGAGAGUGAUGAUGAACGCGAUAAGAUGUUGCUUCAAAUAGACCAGGAAUGCUUGGAUGUUUACAAGAGAAAAGUUGAUCAAGCUGCAAAGUCGAGAGCACACCUUCUCCAGGCGUUGGCUGAUGCAAAAAUUGAGCUUUCUAGUCUUGUUUUAGCCCUCGAAGAGAAAAAUGUUGUAGUACCCGACAAGUCGACGGGGACUAUCAAGGAACAAUUAGCAGCUAUUGCUCCGACACUAGAACAGCUAUGGGAGCUGAAAGAUGAAAGGAAGAAGGAGUUUGCUGAUGUACAGUCACAUAUUCAAAAAAUCUGUGGCGAAAUUGCUGGGAAUUUGAAGCUUACCGAACAGGCAGAGGCACCCACAGUUAAUGAGGAUGACUUGUCUUUGAAGAAGUUGGAUGAAUUUCAUUCUCAACUCCAGGAGCUUCAAAAAGAAAAGAGUGACAGGUUGCAUAAGGUUCUCGACUUUGUAAGCACUGUGCAUGACCUCUGCUCUGUCUUGGGGAUGGACUUCUUCAGUGUCAUUAUUGAGGUACACCCAAGUUUAAAUGACUCUAUAGGGGUACAAUCCAAGAGCAUCAGUAAUGAAACUUUAUCGAAGUUGGCAAAGACAGUGGUAGAUCUUAAAGAAGAUAAGAUGAAGAGGCUUCAGAAGCUUCAAGAGCUAGCAGGACAGCUAUUUGAUCUGUGGAACUUGAUGGAUACCUCUUCAGAGGAGCGAAGUCUGUUUGAUCAUGUUACCUGUAACAUCUCAGCUACAGUUGAUGAGGUCACCAUCCCUGGAGCCCUUGCCCUUGACCUGAUUGAGCAAGCUGAAGUGGAGGUCGAAAGGCUUGAUCAUUUGAAAGCCAGCAAGAUGAAGGAGAUUGCUUUCAAGAGACAGGGUGAGCUUGAACAGAUAUUUGCCCACGCUCACAUUGAAACUGAUCCAGAGGCUGCUCGAGGAAAAAUAAUGGCUCUCAUCGAGUCAGGCAGCAUUGAACCUUCAGAGUUAGUAGCUGACUUGGAUGAUCAAAUAAUAAAAGCAAAAGAAGAGGCUGGCAGCAGAAAAGAAAUAUUGGAUAAGGUUGAAAAAUGGAUGUCAGCAUGCGAAGAAGAAAGUUGGCUGGAAGACUAUAAUCGGGACGAGAACAGGUACAGCUCCAGCAGAGGUGCACAUCUAAAUCUCAAACGUGCAGAAAAAGCUCGUGUUCUUGUGAACAAAAUUCCAGCUUUGGUUGACACCUUAGUAGCCAAGACUCGGGCGUGGGAGGAGGAUCGCCAGAUGUCAUUUGUGUACGAUGGUGUUCCUCUUCUUGCUAUGCUCGAUGAGUAUGCUAUGUUAAGGCAGGACAGAGAAGAGGAGAAGCUUAGAAUGAGAGACAAGAAAAAGUUUCACGAGCAGAUAACAACAGAACAAGAAGUCUUUGGUUCAAGGCCUAGUCCCAGCAGACCACUUGGUCCAAAGAAAGUGGUUGGCCCACGUGCUAACGGAGGUUCAAAUGGCACUCCAAACAGAAGGUUGUCUUUAAGUGCUCAUCAAGGCAGCAACAAUGGUACUAGGUCCAUAAACAAAGGAAGAAGGGAAAGCACAGGGCAAGUAGCUCACACUAACCAUGUUGCGAUAUCAAAAGAGGAUGCAGCCUCGCACAUCUCGGGUACUGACACGAUCCCCAGUACACCCUAGAGAGAAAGAGAGUUAAUUUAGUGUGACUAGUAAUGUACUUAGUUUAGCUGCUGCCGCUUUAGAGAGAGAUAGAGACCCUGUUUAACUAGUGGAGAGUAAUUAGAGAUUGGGGAGAGCCAUAUGGUUUCCCUUCCAUUUUCAUUUUCGAAUCUGUUUCGGUUUGUUUAUAAGUUCAGAGGGCCUGUAUGAUAAGCAUUUGGACGCUUUCGUAGUCUUAUAUAUAACCGUAGUUGGCUCAUCAGAACUAAUCUUUACCGCCAUUCCCUCGAGAAAUCAAUUAUGUAAUGAAAAUUUAUAUUCAAUGUGACUAACAAGUAUCUUUUUGCCA